AUGGAGUCCUAUAAAUAUGAACCAUUACGACCGGGAGAGAUCCGUUUAUUGCAACUUGAUGCUAUUCAGAAUCCUCAAAAGCCUCUCUCCGGAAGCAUUAUUCAUCACCGGUUAACAAACCCAAAGUAUCGACAAACUGAAUCUGGUCAAGGUUACUUGGAACACUCUCUCCCUUAUGAUGCAGUCUCGUAUCAUUGGGGUAGCGACACCAGGACUCCAUUCAAGGUCAUUGUCCGUAGUGGCGAAGGACAGGAAUUCUUCAUCACGAUUACCUCAACCUUGCACACCAUUCUCCGGCGACUGGCAUUGCCCGACAAACCUAGGACAAUAUGGGCAGACGCAAUUUGCAUCAAUCAAAUUUCUUCCAACGCAAACACGGAAAAGGGGGAACAGAUUCAACUUAUGCCAGAUGUCUAUCGCAUUGCAUCAUGUGUCCAGGUCUAUCUAGGCGAUGAAGCUGAUAAUGCCCCCGCGGCUUUGGAGCUGUUAUCGUCAAUAGCCGACUACUCUGAACAUCUGGAUGACUCGACUCAUUCUCAAGGAGAGAUUGGCCUAGAACUCGCCUUACAGAGCGGCUUUGUUCUCCCGCCAGCCAACGACAAGCGAUGGGCUGCCCUACGCGCUUUCUUUCGUCGACCGUGGUUUCGAAGGGUUUGGAUCAUACAAGAAUUCGUGUACGCAACAGACGUCUGUGUCAUUUGCGGUGACAUUGAAAUAGAUUGGCAUAGGCUAUGGCUGGCGUCCAAAGCAUACAUCUCCAAUAGGCAGCUCAUCUAUCACGGCUAUUCCAAAGAUCUGUUCGGUAACCGGACAUUAAAUGAGUAUAGGGAGGCUCACGAGGGUGCCAGGUCGCUGCAUCUCGUCACUGACUUACGCAUGCGCGCAUGGGGCUACAUGUCUGGGCCAUAUAUGGUAUUCAAUAUUGAUACAGGCGAGCCGUCGGACCCAUCUAAGCUGUCAAUCAGGAAAGAUUUGAACGCCGUGAAAGGCUUUGAAAUGUUUACACGAAAUAGAUGGUUAUCCGAUCGGGCUAAUGGACAUCCGUUUCCUUUUGAAAAACAAAGCCUGCUUGAUCUCUUGCACCGAACAGGCAACUUUCGGGCCACUAAACCUAUCGACCGAAUAUAUGGACUUCUCGGUCUCGCGGAGGAUGCGGCGGGGUAUAAGCCUAUAUAUUCUAUAGAACAAACUCCGGCCGUUGUUUCGACACAAUUUGCUGCUGCAUUCAUCAACAAUGGUCACCUUGCGAUCAUUCUGUCCACGGCGGGCAUCGCGUCAAAUACGUUUUCCGCACAAGAUCGGCCAUCUUGGGUACCAGAUUGGACGUCAAUUAAAUAUUCACAAGACCAAAGUCCCGGGCUUACUCGUUUUGCACUCAUCAAUGACAAGGCUGCGAAACGCUACAAUGCCGAAAAGCAGAAGGAAGAAGAGGCAGCGCACGCUUCAGGCAGCACACAAAGUGUUCCAUCACCAUUCAGUGGGAGCCAAAGCCUGGUGUCAAAUGGCUGUGAGAUUGAGACAAGAGUGGAAGAAAGCAAGCAAGGGGAAAACACAACGGUGAAGAAUGAACCGCCUCCAAACCUGUACAACGCUGCAGGAAACACCACAGUGAUAUUUGGAGGCGACGCAAGCCAGGGACUGUUGUGUGUUCGAGCUGUGCCAGUUAGCCGCGUCAAGGUCGUGUUACCAGGCAAAUUACUCCUCCCAGUGUCCUUGUACGAAUCCAUGUUCACAAAACUUGGAAGCGUGUAUGUUACUGGUGAGCCCAUGUUAGAAGCUUUUUGGCGCACCUUGGUCGCAAAUCGAACCAUGCUUGGCGAACCAGCACCACCCGAGUUUGCUGUGCAAUAUGAGAAUAUGAAAAGGCACGACAACUUUCUAUUUUACAAAGCUGGCAUACUGUCUAUCAUGGGAUGCUUUGUGACGUUGCCAGUUGCUGUUACGGCAAUCCGAUGCCUACCAAUCCUUGGCCAGAUUGGCAUUUUGACGGUGCUAGUGGGAAUGCAGUAUAUAGCGGUCAAGCCGACUCUGGUUUUCGUUUCACUUCUUCCCAUUUUUCGACGGAUGUACAUUUUCCUGCUGGCGCCGACUCUCUUGAUAUUGGGUUACUAUCUGUGUGCCCAUAUUUACCCCGUGGCAACACUUGAUGUGCUCGCAUACAUUGGCGUUACUACUGCUGGAUCGACAACAGGCUUACCUUCAGACUGUGCAGCAUAUGCAACUUCCAUCGGGCUCGUAGCUAACAAGCAUGCGUUGUGUUUCACAGAGCAUCGUUUGAUGGGCUUGGUCCCCUUGCUCACGCAAAGCGACGAUAUUGUGGUUAUCGUCCACGGAUGCGAUGUGCCGUUUGUGAUCCGCCCUACUGAGAGGGAAGGGUAUUAUCGCCUGGUGGGUGAGGCUUAUGUGCACGGCGUAAUGAACGGAGAAAUGAUGUUUGACAUUGCCAACAAUUCUGUUGAUAUCACACUGAUUUAG